AUGAUUGCAAUUAUUAUGCGAGAAGAGUCUAAGAUAACUAAUAAAUCAGCAUGGGACAAUGCAAAUUGUAUUCAAAAAAUAUUUCUAGCAUUUGUGUACCCGGUAUUCGUCAGAGGUUAUCGACAAAAUGGUCUCAAUAUAAAGGACAUGUACCGGUGCUCCCGACACGACGAGUCGCACCAUAUAGUACAACAGCUGGAAAGCAAUUGGAUUCUCGAGUGUAAGAAAAAAUGUCCAACAUUUUGGAAAGCAUUGUAUCGGACGUACGCUAACUAUUACUGGAUAUCAGUAGUGAUGUACACAAUUGAGGAAUGUGUGCUACGUAUCGGUCAACCAUUAUUGUUGGGAUUUGUAAUUGACUUUUUCAGUCAGACCGGGAAUGUCACGUAUUUAAAUGCAUGUCUGGCGGCGGGUGGUGUGUGUCUGUGCUCAGCCCUAUCUACGGCCAUACAUCACCCGACUGUACAUAUGAUGAUGCGAUUGGCUAUGAGAAUGAGGAGCUCUUGUUGUACUUUAAUGUAUAAAAAGUCUCUAAGACUGAGCCGGGCAUCGAUGGGGAAAACAACUGUCGGUCAAAUUGUAAAUCUAAUGUCUAACGAUGUGAGCCGUUUUGAUCAGACAGCGAUUGCCGUAUAUAUAAUGUAUGGAUAUUUGAGUAACUAUUGUUUCGUUGGCGUCGGACUAUUGGCACUAUUAAUACCGUUUCAAGCAUUUAUGGGCAAACUUUUCUCUAAAAUAAGAUUAGCGACCGCACAGUUAACGGAUAGUCGUCUAAAAUUAAUGAAUGAAAUAAUUACUGGAAUGCGAGUCAUUAAAAUGUAUGCCUGGGAACAGUCAUUCGCCCGACUCGUGGCCACCGCCCGCAAGAGUGAGGUGGGUCGUAUUCGGGUAGGAUUUUAUCUUCAGGCUAUUAAUUUGUCUAUAUUUUCCGCGGCUUCCCAUAUAAUACUAUUCGCAGUAUUCAUAACAUACGUACUGACGGGUAAUGUAUUGACAGCCAAAGCGGUGUUUGUGUCGAUGUCUUUGUUUAGUUCAAUACGGAUAACAGCGACCGACAAAUUCCCAAACGCUAUACAAAACAGCGCUGAACUACUGGUCUCCUGUCGACGCAUACAAGUAGUGUUGACAUAUGUUAUGGAAAGCCCAUUUCCCACCAGUAGUAGCCCCAUCACUCAUGGGGCCACUACUCCAACCCUUCAAAAUAUAUCAUUUAAUUUAAAUCCGGGCGAUCUCUUGGCUGUUAUCGGACCGGUGGGCGCCGGAAAGAGCUCAUUAUUGAUGACAAUCCUAAAAGAGCUGCCACUGCUGUCGGGAAGUAUAGAAACGGUGGGAUCGAUAAGCUAUUCAUGUCAAGAGUCCUGGAGUUUUAAUACUAGUGUUCAAAAUAAUAUACUUUUUGGAGCCGAAUAUAACGAAUCCCGAUAUAAGCGAGUGGUAGAGGUGUGCGCUUUGGAGCGAGACUUUGAGUUAUUCCCGUUCGGAGACAAGACAUUAGUCGGUGAGAGAGGGGUAUCGCUAUCGGGGGGACAGAAGGCCCGCAUCACGUUAGCC